AUGGCGCCUGAGCGCGGAAGUGAUGGGCGCUCGCAGCCCGGCGGCAGCGCUACCGAGGGUCUGCCUCAGGCUUUCUUGCACAGCCUGCGGACCCUCUUCGACAUCUUGGACGACCGUCGUCGAGGCUACGUGCACUUGCGGGAGAUCGAGUCCCGGUGGCUGCAGCAAGGGAGCGAAGCUGGGGAGCUGCCCCGGGGCGUCUUGGAAGGGCUGCGGCGAGCCGCCCCGGCCAGCGGCUACCUCACCUUCGAGCGGUUCGUGCUGGGCUUGAGAUCCUCGCUCCUCAGCCCAGACAAAGGAGGCACCUCACCGGGCCCCGCGAACAAAGGCCCCAGGCGCCCCGGCGCCCCUGCUCCGAAAAGCAGAGGAGAAGCGGAGAGGGGGUCCGGACGCGGCGCCGGCGAGUGCGCCUAUCGGUCCCAGGAGAAGAUCGCCAGCGCGCCGGCGGAAUGCAAGAGAGCAGGUGAGGCGCAGGAGGCUAAAGGGUCUCGCCCCCCCCCCCCCGCAAAGACUGAGAACCCAUGACUUUUAAUUCGCGGGCACAGAAGUGCCUCUGAGCAUGUGAGGAAUCCCUUUCCCUCUUCACGUUGAGUAACUGCCCUAACAGAGAGCCGGUGUGGGUGUUGCGGUGGUAACAGACGGGCCAUGGAGAAGAGCCCAGUUCAAAUCCCCGGUUGGCUAUGGGUGACUCUGGCGGGCGCGAUAUCUCAGCCUAGCGUACCUUGCAGGGCUGUUGUGAGGAGGGUAGGAUUGAGGUAGCAGGGAGAGUUCUGUGUGCCACUUUGGGCUCCGUAGAGGAAAGAUGGGAGAAGAAUGUAGAUUAAUAAAGGAGGAUAAUGCAUGUUUACCUUGCAGAAUGUAUACAUGGGUCCAAUGAUACUUACCUGCUAGUAUAGCUUUUUGGUGGAUCGCAGCCUAACUGCACAACCCUGUGCUUCUUGCCUACUGAGAAAAGCAUUUCCUGGAGCCUAAGGCACAGUCUACCUACUACCUUCAUUUUAUAUUCACAAAAGCCCUGUGAGGUGAGCUAGGCGGAGAGAUAGUGAUUUGCCCCAAAGUGGGCAACUUUGAGGUUAGUGCAUGGGUAGGCAAACUAAGGCCCCGGUGGCCAGAUCCGACCCCAAUCGCCUUCUCAAUCCAGCCCGCGGACGGUCCGGGAAUCGGCAUGUUUUUACAUGAGUAGAAUGUGUAUUUUUAUUUAAAAUGCCUCUCUGGGUUAUUUGUGGGGCCUUCCUGGUGUUUUUACAUGAGUAGAAUGUGUGCUUUUAUUUAAAACGCAUCUCUGGGUUAUUUGUGGGGCAUAGGAAUUCGUUCAGUCUUUUUUUUCCCAAAAUAUAGUACGGCCCCCCACAAGGUCUGAGGGACAAUGAACCAGCCCCCUGCUGAAAAUGUUUCCUGACCCUGGGUUAGUGGGUAUGGGUUUGCAGCCUAAGCCCCCUCCCCACACAUUUACCAAACUGCUCUCUGUAGCACCUUCCUUUAAGCAUCACACCUAUUUCAGCUGCUCACCUAGGCUGCCUGCCACCUGCAUUCCUUCCUCACCUGCCUGCUGCUCCAUCCUCAUGCUGCGGUUACUGUGGCCAUACUGUUGGAAAAUACAGUACAGUGGUACCUCGGGUUACAUACGCUUCAGGUUAAAGACUCCGCUAACCCAGAAAUAGUACCUCAGGUUUAGAACUUUGCUUCAGGAUGAGAACAGAAAUCGUGCUCCGGCGGUGCGGCGGCAGCGGGAGGCCCCAUUAGCUAAAGUGGUGCUUCAGGUUAAGAACAGUUUCAGGUUAAGAACAGACCUCCGGAACCAAUUAAGGUACUACUGUAUAGAGAGAAAUAAAUGAUAAAAAAAUAGCUAUAGGGUUGCAGACAUACUUUCCUAAAUUUUAGAGAAGGUUUGAGGGAGGCAGAAAUACAGUAGAAGCAGUUUUUCCUUGGUAAUUCCCCCUUCUCUCCUCCUGGUCUGGGGAGCAGGGGAGGGGAGACCCAGGAUGGCUUUAAUAGGAUCACUUCCCCUUUCACACUUCUCUCCAAUCUACAGCAACUAAAGGUGGCAGUGGUGGUAUCCGAAAGCUGGUAGGACAGGCUCAGUACGAGAGCACCUCCAAGCUGGUAGCAGAAGUGCGGAGGCAGCCAAGAGGCCGUGGUGAGCACAGAAGACACACCAUCACCAACGGGGUGGACUACAGCAUGGUAAGAGAGCCCUUUCUUUUCACGCAUUGGUUGGACGCAGAAGUAUGGUGGGAGGCACCAGCUGGGAAACCCCCAAGGAAAGAAGGCUCAGGGCCUGGAGGUUGUGGGUGGGACAAUGACGAGUGGUCACAGGGACAGGAAGAAGGAGACUGGGUGUUGGAAGCUGAAGAGGUAGCAGGGUUUAGUGAGCAAGGUGAGUCUGUGGCAGAAGGAAGUCUAGAAGCAGAGGCUGGAGAGGAGGGAAGCCAAGAAACCAGGUGGGUGAAGAAGCCAGGGGGUCUCCCCCUCCUGCUGUGACAAGCUCCCCUCCCCUCUGGUCUCCUAGACCCAGAGGAGACAUGAAAAGGGCAGAGCAGAGGUUGGCUGCACACAGGUGCAAUCUCAGAUUGCUGGGGGGAAGCCCCUGAGAGGAGGGGACUCAGAAGGCUGUGGGAAGGGAGGGAUUUUCAGACAUGGCACCUGAUCCAGGGGGCAGGACCUACAGGGGAUGAGAUGCUCUGCUUGUUAGACCUGACACUCUGCCAUGUCUGUGAAGGUUGUGUUUUUGGCAACUCCAGUUUGCAUGAUGUGAUUACUGCCGGCUCGCUCUUGUCACCUGGAGGAGCUCUGAAAACGCUGGAAGCAGUGACUUACUGGAUGGGGGCCAGUACAUUGAGACUGAAUCCUGAUAAGAUGGAAGUGCUGUAGGUGGGAGGUUCCUAUGUCCUGACAUUAGGCGCAUGGCCUGUUCUGGGAAGGGUUGCAGCACCCUGGAAGAACACAUUCACAAUCUGAGAAUGCUUUUGGAUUCCAUCUUGUCCCUUGAGUCUCAAGUGGUAUCUUUGACUAGGAGUGCUUGUGCCUGGCUUAGGCUGACUUGCAGCUGUGGCUGUUCCUGGGAUGGGAUAGCCUGACCGCUUCUGUCUGGACUACUGCACUGUGCUGUAUGCUGGGCUGCCUUUGAAGACAGUCCAGAGGCUGCAGCUUGUGCAAAAUGCAGUUGCUAGGCUGGUAAGUUGGACCGCCUGAUGGCGCUGUGCGUAACUGGUCCUCAAAGUACUGUGUUUGCUUCCAGUGAGCUACCAGACCCAAUUCAAAAUUUAGUGCAAGCAUAUAAAGUCCUAAAUGGCUUGAGGCCUGGUUUUUAUCUUACUACUGACUUCAAUUAGAGAUAGCUGUGCUGACUGGCGAGAACGAAAUCUACUGCAGAAAGAUAAUGAGGCUGCUGGCUGAGAAAGGUUCCCCCUCCCCGCCACCCCAACCUUUUGGCCUAAAGCCUUGUCCUUCUCACUGGUAUGCUGAGCCCCCUGGUCAACAAACCUCAUGGCAGCCUCAGAUCUGUGGAACUCUCUUCCACUGGAGAAUUGUCAGAACCCGGACUUUGAAUUAAGGAUUAGUUUGGGGCUGACAUAUAAACUGGAGUAGGAGAUAAUCUCAGUUAUAGGGUUUUCUGUUCAAAUUUCUCUCUGUUUCUCUCUUUGCUCUCUAGUUGAAUACAUGUGUGGAUUUUAAAAGGGGGCAAUGUUGACCUCAUGAGGAGGGCUGGGAAUGAAAAUAAGACUGGAGACCUGUCUUUGCCCCAGAAUCUGAAGGGGGUUCCCUCUCACCCCUCCUCCAUCAAAUCGCCCCAUCUGGAGAGCGCCUCCUGCGUGUUUAAUGGCUGUCUGUUUGCUUUCAAGGAGCAGGAGGCUUACAUACACAUCCCUUGCUCUGAUCCGCAUUGAUCUCCCUCGUGGGGUCCCUCAUAGCUCAUUGCAGCUAGGCUGAUUGGGUGAGGGGGGGGGAGAGACAGCUUCGCUCGCUGGCUUGUUUAGGUGGCUGGUUCUCCUUCCCUGCCCCCAUCUUCUCUUCCCUUCCACCCCCCCGGGGAACCUUCGAUCAGCUGCAGGCUCGAUGCUCCCUUGCCAGCUUUGGGGAUGCUGGCCUUUUCUACCCCCCUCCCCCCGUCGCCAUGGCAAUCACCCCCACCUCCACCCGAGGAGGCCAUUCCGCUGCCGGUGGCUGACCAAGCUGGAUGAGGGCUCUGGCUGCGUACAGCACCCUCGUUGUGCCUCUGGCCAGCAGCCUCCACAGUCCCAAAGCUCUGGACUUUUUCCUGUGGGUAUGUCCUACCUCACAUGGGCUUGGGAAGGCGGGUGCUUCACCCUAGGUGCAUGCAAAUCAUUUGAAAAUAAUUGCAUGCCUUGAGGGUUUUCUGGUAUCGGUUCUGGAUUUGGGGGACAGGAUGGCAGAAGGAGGGAGGGAGGGGGUUUAUGGGUAAAGGAUCAGGAGCGCAGGAGGCUGCCUUAUUCUGAGUCAGGCUAUUGGUCCACCUACCUCAGUAUUACCUACACUGACUGGCAGCAGAUCUGAAACUGCAGUCUCUUGCAUGCAAGGCAGACACUCCACCCCCGAGCUAUGACCCUUUAUGAUCUGCAUUAUGCGAGUCGUGCACCAUUCAGGCACCCAGCUCCGGGUGCCCUUGCUGGCACCGACUUUCCAGGGUUCCUCUAAAAAUAAAGGCUGCUAGAUAUCAUGGUAUAUGCAUGCAUGUGAUGUGAGGGAACAGAGCAGCACAGUGUUCAGUGCAGUACUUCAUGGGGCGGGGGGAAGUCUGCUUUUUUGUUUUCAUUUAAAAACCAAGCUUGUAGUCCCCAUGUUUGUAAAUUUGUUUCAAGCUGAAUAUGUGGAAGGCAGGUGACAGUGAGUGGUGGGAGAAAAGCACUUUAGAGCAAGUUCGGAGGUAUGGUUUUCCUGCGCUAGACACAGGCUCUGCUCAACUUGAGUCUUUGGAACAUGAUUGGAAGUCAAGAAUAGGGGCUGUGAAAUGUGGAACCCGUGGCCCCACAGAGUUUUUAGCUGAAAAAGAUGGGACUUGGAGUGGCGGCUGCUGUUUGUGUGUUGUUGCGUUUCUCUUUCCCCCCAGAAUGGAAACUCAACGUGGAAAACAAAAUAUGAAAAGGCUAGGGAUCACUGUGGGGUGAUUGCUGGUGCAGGAAAAUCCCCCAGAAGUAACAAACUAGGACCUGUUACCAAGUUCUGAGAUGUGUGGCUCAGAGUCCACCUCUGAAAUUAUUCUGGAACGGGAAUAAGAGGGGAGAGAGAAAUCGGAAAUGAACCCCUUUUAAUUAAUUUUAAUUUUAAUGUAUUUAUAUCCCAACUUUUUUUCCAAGGACUCAAGGCAGCAUGCAUGGACUAGGAUAAGCCACCUGAGAAACAGUUUCUAUCCAAAUGCGAUUUUGGUUUUAAACGCAGUGUAAGGGAUGCGAGUGGUGCUGUGGGUUAAACCACAGAGCCCAGGACUUGCCGAUCAGAAGGUUGGUGGUUUGAAUCCCCGUGAUGGGGUGAGCUCCCGUUGUUCGGUCCCUGCUCCUGCCAACCUAGCAGUUCCAAAGCACGUCAAACUGCAAGUAGAUAAAUAGGUACCGCUCCGGCGGGAAAGUAAACAGUGUUUCCGUGCGCUGCUCUGGUUCGCCAGAAGCGGCUUAGUCAUGCUAGCCACAUGACCCGGAAGCUGUACGCCGCCUCCCUCGGCCAGUAAAGCGAGAUGAGCGACGCAACCCCAGAGUCAUCCGCGACUGGACCUAAUGGUCAGGGGUCCCUUUACCUUUUAUGGUAGUCUCUGUGGGUGUAUUUAAUUAUGGGGUAUCAGAGUUUUUAGGGAGUUAACCAGGCUGGGAUAGGAGGCUUGUUGGUUUUUGAAAGUCUGAUGUAGAUUUUUUCAAUUUCGUUGUUCUGUAUGGGACAAUGACAAUAAAGAUUAUUGUAUCGUAUUGUGGUUCCUCCCAUUUAAUGUAAUCCCCGUGACAAGCCUGUGAGGUAGGUUAGGCUGAGAGGCAGUGACGGGCCAAAGGUCACACCCAGUAGGGACUAUGUACAAGAUGUUUCCUCCCCCCUCCCCCCGCUGGUCCUAUUGUGGUGGCCUUUUUUGUGAGCAAGGACUCACGGACUGUGCCUGGGGUUUGUUUCUUGGCAGCUUAAGCAGCUGAAGGAGCUGGAGAAGGAGAAGGACUUACUGCUGCAAGGGUUGGAGUUGGUGGAGAAGGUGCGCGAGUGGUACCACCAGCAGAUCCAUGCUCUCCAGGAACGCCAGAAGCAGCUGGGCAGCGGCAGAGUUCACAUUGUGAGUAACAGGUUGCCGCUGGUUGUUUUUGUUUUUCUAAGCGAGUUUCCUCGCUUGCUGUCCAAGGAAGGAGAGCACAACCUCCAGACCAUGUGGAACAGUCACACAGCUCUUACUGUCAGAAAAUUCUUCCUGAUGUAUCCUCUCUUGCAUUUCUCUUUGUGGCUUAGGGCCCUCGUAUCUACGAGACCGCCUCUCCUGGUCUGCCCCGCAGAGGACCUUAAGGUCCAUGAAUAACCAUAGUUUAGAGGUCCCGGGCCCUAAGGAAGUCAGAAUAUCCUCCACCAGGGCCAGGGCCUUCUCAGUGAUGGCUCUGACCUGGUGGAAUGCUCUGUCCCAAGAGGCCAGGGCCCUGCAGGAUUUAACCUCCUUCCAUCGGGCCUGUAAGACAGAGCUAUUCUGCCUGGCCUUCAAUUUGAAUUAAGCCUGAUCUUUUAUUUCUCUUCUCUUCCCUCCCCCUCCCCUUUUAUGAAGAUCACCCGCUCUGGGACCCCACAGCUAAUUCUCCCCUGGCCUCCUCGCUGGCCCAAGUAGGACCAAUUCAGCCAGCUAGCUCUGGGGAUUAUCUAAUUGAUUUUUGAAUUUUAUUGUUAUUUAUGUUUUUAUACUGUAUUUUAUGUAUUUUAUGCUGCUUUUAUAAUUAAGCGUUUUAAAUUUGUUGUUAGCCGCCCUGAGCCCAGUUUUCUGAACUGGAAAGGGCAGGGUAUAAAUAAAAAAUUAUUAUUAUUAUUAUUAAUAUUAUUAUUAUUAUUAUUAUUAUUUGCUAUCUGGGGCUGCUGGCUUCUGGCAUGAAGGAGCUAUGGUGGAGUGCUCCUGUGGAUUGACAGCUGGCCUGGCUGCUCUCUUAUAUUGCUUUCUCCCCCCCCCAUCCCCCCCCGGCUUUGUCUCACACAGGACUUGUUCGCAGAGGGCACUCUGAGCCACCAUCUCCUGCUCAAACUGCAAGCGCUGAAUCACUACCUCAGUGAGCUAUUGUCUCUCUCAGCAAAGGUGAGAGCUUCGGUACCGACAAGGGCCAAGGAAGUGGGAGUGGUGGGAGUUGUUAGAUCCUGAGUGGGCUAGCAGAGGCUACUAGCCAUGAGGGCUAUACUCUGCCUUCAUACUCAGAGGCCGCAAUUUUUCUGAACACCAGAAGCUGCAGGAGAGGAGAAGCUCUUGUGCUCAGGUCCUCCUUGCAGGUUUCCCAUGGGGGGGGGCAUCUGGUUGGCCACUGUGAGAACAGGGUGCUGGACCAGAUGGGCCAUUGGCCUGACCCAGCAGGGCUCUUUAAUUAAUUAAUAUCAUUUAUUAGGCAUAGCAAACCACACAUUAUCAAACAGACACCGUAUACAAAUUGUGUAAAAUACAAGCUCAACAAAACAAGGUUUAUCCCAGCCAGAUCUUUAACUCCAGAGAGAAUCAUUUCACAAAUAAUACAAUACAACGCUAACACAUCACCGAUCAAUUAAGAACCACUAAAUCUCUUUAUAAUGGCCCAGUCUUUCUACAUGGACAGCACUCAGAAAUCCAGCCACUACUAAAGUAAUUUGAUCAUUCCUGUCCGAGAGCAGGUCCUGAACCACUGGUGGUAUACAGGUGAAACUCAAAAAAAUGGAAAAUCGUGGAAAAGUUCCUUUCUUUCACUAAUUCUGCUUCAAAGGUGAAAGUAAUAUAUGAGAUAGACUCAUGACAUGCAAAGCAAGAUAUGUCAAGCGAGGGUAAAUGACCCUCUAUAUUUGGGUAUUUGUAAUUCUGACAAAUAAUUUGCUGGGGUAAAUCCUCUCCCAUUAACUUUUAUUGCUGGGUGUUUAUUCAUCUCGCUCACAUGGCAUUGCAGUUCCACAUCCCAAAUUCAUUGGCGGAUUAAUGCUCUAGCAAACAUCACUGGGGGCAUUCAGAGUGCUCGCCACCGGGUGACAACAAAGGAGAGGGCCUUUUCUGUUGUGGGAACCCUCAAUCUGGACCCAAGCAUAAGAGCAACCUCUGGGCCCUGUGGCUUCCAGUGACUGUGGAAUCAGAGCAUAGCUGCUGUGGUUAGUAGCCAUCAAUAGCUCAAUCUCAUCCAUUCAUUUGUCCAAUCCUCUUUUAAAGCAAUCUAGGUUGGUAGCCAUCACUGCCUUUUGUGGGAGGGAGUUCCACAGUUUAACUGUGCUCUGUGUUAGUUAGUUAGCUAUGUGUUAGUUAGACACGGGUGGCGCAGUGGUCUAAACCACGGAGCCUAGGGUUUGCUGAUCAGAAGGUUGGCGGUUUGAAUCCCUGCGACGGGGUGAGCUUCCGUUGCUCAGUCCCUGCUCCUGCCCACCUGGCAGUUCGAAAGCACAUCCAAGUGCAAGUAGAUAAAUAGGUACCGCUCCGGCGGGAAGGUAAACGGCGUUUCCGUGUGCUGCUCUGGUUCGCCAGAAGCGGCUUAGUCAUGCUGGCCACAUGACCCGGAAGCUGUACGCCGGCUCCCUCGGCCAAUAAAGCAAGAUGAGCGCCGCAACCCCAGAGUCGGUCACGACUGGACCUAAUGGUCAGGAGUCCUUUGGUCAGGUGUUAGUCAUAGAAUUGUAGAGUUGGAAGGGACCCAAGAGGACAUGUAGUCCAACCCUCCGCAAUGCAGGAAUCACAGCUAAAUAAUCCCUGACAGGUCGAGGAGUCACCGAAAGACUUUCUCGUGUGUGAGAAUGAGGGAUGACGUUCAUUAAGAAGAUGGUGGUGGUUUGUCUUUUUGAGAGAGAGUGUGAAGCACGUGCAGCCCUGGAACAAACCGUUUUUCUUUGUCUCUAGCCACUGAACCCCAGUUCUGCAAUGGGGCAUGCUCCACCCUCUGCGCUCACAACCUCCCCUCCUCUCGUCGGACCUCAGCAGGCCUUCAACAUGUUGAAGGAGCAGAACCGUCUGCUCACCAUGGUGAGUCUUCUAUUAAGUGCCAGUCCGUUUGAGUCACUGCCAGCCCACCUGUCCCCAGCCAUGUUUUUUUCCCCUUCAAAAAUUUUUAUUCAUUUUAUAACACAAAUAAACAACACAAACAGAAAAACAAUCAAUACAAACAAAUUCUUGUCUUAUCCUUAUUUUUUCUAAACGUUGUUAGGUGACCUUCCCCAAGUCCCCCUAUCUGAUUUUCAUUUUACCUCAUCUUUAGCAGUUUACCUAUAUCAUAAUUUUUAACCAUUUUUUAUCACACUUACUUUUACCAUAAAAAUCUUCAAAUUUUAUCCCUUACAUAUAACACUAUUUUCAAAUACACUAUCUUCUACUAACCCUACAGCCUAUAUCAACUUCCAAAGCUAUUCUAUGAUUUAAAUAUUAACAUAUUUUUUCAACUUUAAACUUCUUCCAAUCUUCUUCCACUGUCUCUUCUCUCUGGUCUCGGAGUCUCCCAGUCAGUUCGGCAAGUUCCAUCAUCUUCAUUUGCCAUUCUUUGAUAGUUGGUAAAUCUUGUUUCUUCCAAUUCUUCGCUAGUAAUAUUCUCAUAGCUGUUGUGACAUGCAGAAAAAAAGUAACAUCCUUUUGGGGGAUUUCACCCCCCACUAUACCAAGUAAAAAGGCUUCUGGUUUCUUAAUAAAUGUGUUUUUCAAGAAGUCUUUUACCUUGGGGCACGUCCACCACAUGUGGUAAAAGGUUCCUUCUUUUUCCUUACAUUUCCAGCAUUUAUUAUCAUCAGUAUGAUACAUUUUUGCCAACUUCGCUGGUGUUAAGUACCAUCUAUACAUCAUUUUCAUCAAUUUUUUUCUUAAUACACUACAUGCUGUGAAUUUAAUUCCUUUCCCCCACAAUUUCUCCCAGUCCACCAUCGUAAUAUUGUGCCCCACAUCCCUGGCCCAUUCAGUUAUUACAGAUUUCACCUGUCCCCAGCCAUGUGGUGGUCUUAACUCUGCCUUUACCCCGCAGGAGGUGACAGACAAAAGCGAGCGGAUCACCCAGCUGGAGCUAGAGAAGUCUGCUCUGAUCAAGCAGCUGUUUGAAGCACGUGCCCACAGCCACCACGAAAGCAACCUGCUGGACUCCACCUUCAUCUAA